UUCAGUUAAAAAAUGGAAAUCCAAGCAUCGACUUCUAAAGAUUCUGCCUACUUCUUCGGAUAUGGCUCCUUGAUUUGGAAUCCUGGUUUCACCUACCAUCGCAAGGAGAAAGGUUAUGCGCAUGGCUUUGCUCGAAGAAUGUAUCAAGGAAACACAUAUCAUCGAGGUGAUAAGCAAUUGCCUGGACGAGUUGCUACACUUGUUGAAGAUGAGGACUCUUGCGCCACUGGUAUUAUUUUCGAAGUUCGUGGAGAGGAAAACAUCAAACAGGCUUUUGGCCAUCUUUGGGAAAGAGAGAUCAAUAAUGGUUAUGAAUUUGUGAGAAUCCCUGUAGAAUUGGCCGAAUCUGGCAAAACCAUAACUGCCUGGACUUGCAUAGCUGAUUUGAACAACGAGCUCUACCUCGGUGAUGCUGACUUAGAGCAAAUGGCCAUUGAAAUUCGACGAGCUAAAGGAUGUGCGGGUCCGAAUUUUGAGUAUGUCCUGAAAUUGGCUGAACAUGUGCGCCUACUCUUCCCAGAAGUUCAAGAUGAGCAUCUUUAUGAACUCGAACUCAGAAUUCGACGUCACGUGAAAGUCUACGCCUAAAUGCAAAAGUCCCGCGGGCUUUUUGAGAUAUCAUAUCAACGCUUUAGGCUUGUCUCUAAGCCCCAAUUUGUACAUAGCUUCAAAUAUCUCUUUGGCCUAUCCUUCUGUGCCAUGUCUUUCUUUCUUCCAUGCUCAUUUCUGUAGCAAAGAAGUAGCGUGAGUCGAUGCAAAUACGAGAAUAAUAAAUACAUAUGC